ACAGCACCGAGUCGUCACCUGCUGCAGUUGAAAUCAACCGAUGGGAUGAUCUGUCCUUAGUGCUACGUGCUUACGUUCCAUUUGCCCUUGAUAUUGACAAAUAUGUUACCCCUGUGUGGUGUGCCAUUGGGAUUAUCGGAAACAUUGUUUCAGCUAAGGUGUGGCUUCUACGUCGAAUGCGUAAAUGCAACACUUCAGCUUCGUACCUGACAGCACUGGCGAUUGCAGACAUAACCUUUCUUAUUUUACAUAUAUUUUACGAACUUCAAUACCCGUGGCACCGUGGGGCCCUGGAUUUACAAGGAUGGUGCCAGGUUUGGAACGUUCUUUACAUAGCAACACAAUACAUAUGUAUGCUGCUAGUGUUAGCGUUCACAGUUGAACGGUUUCUCUCUGUAUGUCAUCCAUUUGAAUGUGAAAGGUUUUCUCGGUCGUCGCGUUCCCCAAAGGUUAUUGUCUUGGUCUUGGUUACCUCCUUCGUGCUGUCGUUGCCACAGGGUUACUUCUGGCACAUCGGACCGAACACGGAGGAAUGCCAGGCUCGGGAAAACGACGACUAUCAGAAUAGCAGUAAGUUCUACAUAGUAUGGAACUGGACAACGGAGAUGGUAAUGUUCGCUUUGGUACCAAUUAUUGUCCUCAUUCUCAAUAUCUGUGUAUUGAGACAGAUUAAAAGUGUGGGGAAACUUUAUGUAAGUGACUCUGACCACCGAACGGCUAACGUUCGAUGUACGGCGACCACAGUUACACUUCUCUGGAUUUCAUUCUAUCUCAUCUUUACCAAGCUCCCAGUCACCAUUGUGUAUGCUCUUCAAACCAGUGUAAAGCUUGGCCAAUCCAUGCCUCUAGAUGAUAUGGGUAAUGACUGUACUUGGCAGAGCUAUUUCUCCUACUUUGCUAGUAGAAAGAUCGUGGAAGAGAUUGCCCUGUCCCAUCAUGCGUGUAACGUAUUUAUCUACUGUGCCACAAGUCGACAGUUUCGCCGUCAUUUUAAGGCUUAUUAUGGAAGUCUUGCCUGUUCAACAAUGCAUUCAGAUUGUGAACUCGAUGCUCCACAACCACUCCAAGUGAAGAAGUGAAACUAUUUGAAUGGAUGGUUCUGAUCUUUUCAUGGAAAUAGCUUUUGCUGAAAUAGCUUCGCGAUAUGAAUUAUCCCGUGAAGGAAACAUGAUCCUGAUGCUGAAUUUACUUAUAAAACCAAUAUCAUGCAAUAGUCGAAUAUUACACAAGGAUUAUACUUCAGACGUUUCUUGUGACAAUAUUGGAUUGAAAGAACAGAACUGAUGUGGGAAAAUCACGUUUUUACCUGAAAAGAAUUCCGUCUGAUGGAUUCUGGAGAGGACGACGUGAAGCUAGUCAGAACGUGUUUCUCAACGACCACCAUUGAAAGUCAGCAUCAUAAGAGUAUUGAUUCCUGUAUCGUACAUGACAAACAUGACAUUGGUUGUUUUCUGUUAACGCAUGAAAUGAGAACAAUAAUUAGAAUAAGGAAAACCGAAAAAGAAAUUAGUGGAUUUCGAAGCACACUUAAAUAUACACGUUCAAAUGGAAAUAUCGGGGCGGUGGGGUAGCCAAGUGGUUAAAUCGUUCUCUGGUCACG